UGUGUGUGUGUGUGUGUGUAUUGUGCUUUACUCAGAGUAGUUAGCAGCAGAGAGAACGCAGCAAAAGGGGGUUACUUUGGCAAAGGAAAUCUUCUGAGUAGAGCGGAGCAGCAGAUCAGAAUUCAGAAACAAGAGCGAGAGCUGAAGUGUGAUUCUCUGGCGCUUGGGCUAACACUCAUCUCCAGGACAGAGCAGUGCCGGGCACUCACGUCAGCCCUGCUGCCCUUCUCGGAAUCCGCUAAGAGAUGAUGCAGCCUUGGAGCCCAGCAAGCCACCAGGAAGUUUGGCCGGAGCUGAUUUCUAGGGGAUUUUCCCGUGCCUAGGAGAAUCCUGCUUGCAUUGAGCUGUAUGGAGGAGGGCUCGAGUUUCCCAUGAGGGCCCCCCUUGGAAAAGCCGUCUGUACAGAAUCCAGGCUCUGCUUCUCUGAGUGUGCUAUUUACCCAAAGGCUUUUCCUCACCUUUGCUGAUUUGCUGGUGUGAUUUCCAUGCUUUGAGUCCUGAGUAGGGAUCCAGGAUGGAUUGCCUGUGCAUUGUCACCACAAAGCAAAACCAAGGCAAAUGCCCAGCCCAGAACUGUUCAGUGGAAGCUCCUGCAUGGAUGCCUGUCCAUCAUUGUACCAAGUAUCGAUACCAAGAUGAAGACGGUCCACAUGAUCAUUCCUUACCUCGGCUAACUCAUGAAGUAAGAGGUCCAGAACUGGUGCAUGUAUCGGAAAAGAACCUCUCGCAAAUAGAAAAUGUCCAUGGAUACGUUUUACAGUCUCACAUUUCUCCUCUGAAGGUCAGUCAGAUUACUCUUUAUGUUUCAUAG